GAAACAAUAAAAUUAUUUUCACAAAGGAAACUACUCACAAGGUUGCUGAAAAUCCAUCGACAGCCCACGACCGGUUUCGCCCUUCUUGGGGCUCAUCAGGUAGGCGUGGCCACAGAGUUUCCGCAACCUUAUGUUCUACUUGAGCCCACAAUGGUCGUGGGCUGUCGAAAUGUUUUCAGCAAACUUGCUUGGGCAACCUGGCAAAAUCCCAGCCUUCGUGCCUACUACUACGAUCUAAUAACAAAAACUACAAUUACUACGAACACAGGUUUUCGGCCAUCUCAUGUUUCAGUUGGCAUGAUAUUCGAGAUAUCGCGGUAUAUUUUCAUUAGGGAAACUACUCCCGAGUCUGCUGAAAACUCUUCGACAGCCCACGACCGGUUUCGCCCUUACAGUUGGGGCUCAUCAGGUAGACGCAGUCCCCGAGUGUCCGUCGACCUUAUAAUCUACAUGAACCCAAAUUGGACUGUUUUCGAAAAAUACACUCAUUUGCUUACC